AUGAGUGGUGAAAAUGAACCUACAGAAAGACCUGCCUUUGUGGAUGAUACACAACUUUGGGAAAAACCCCUUCCCGAGUGCUUUAGAGGUUUAAAAUUUUUUGAACCAGAUCGUCUUUUACCGCGCGAAACUGCUUAUUUUGUACGGGCUCAUGCAAACGGACACAUCAAUAUCCAGUCGAGAGGUGUCGAUGAGGUUGCUAAAUGGAUUCUUUCGAGAUACAGAAACAAUGAAAUGUGCUGCAUGGAUUUUCCCAAUCAUGAGCUGCAUCCAAAAACUGCAGAUAGGGCAGCGAUAGACUGGAUAUUUCUCGUCUCAACUCUGAAUUUUUCGCUUUGGACGAAUGAAGAAUACAAAAUUCAAGUGACUUAUAAAGACAAAGUCUAUAGUGGAUAUUAUGCAUUGGCAGCAUGUGUUAAUCGUGCUUUAGAGGCUGGGAUGCCUCUUACAGAUGCGAAAUUUAUGAAAAAUCUUACUGUUCAGAACGUGUGUGAUAUAUUCAAAGGAACUUAUAAGAAAAAAGGAGCUAUUAUUUGUUUCUUUUCUUUUUAUGUAUAUGUGCUUGUGAACACUUGUCGUUUAUGCGUUGGAACGUCACUUUUUUCUUUUCAGAAAUUUGACGGUUCAUUCUACAAUUGUUUGGCGGCAUGCGAAAGAAGCGCUGUCAAACUACUUGCAUUAAUUGUUGAAAAUUUCCCAAGUUAUCGGGACUAUGCGACUUAUGAUAAUCAAAGGAUCUCUUUCCUAAAAAAAGCCCAAGUUUUGAUUGGUCACUUAUACUCAUGCUGUAAGGGUAAAAACGAUCUUGGAGAUUUCAAAGACUUUGACCAAAUUACUAUGUGUGCAGAUUACCACAUUCCUCAAGUCCUUGCAUAUUUCAUGGUUCUUCAAUAUUCACCAGGUCUUAGAGAAUCGUUGAAAACAAGGCAUAUUUUUGAAGUUGACGACGAAAUCGUGAUUGAACUGCGAGCUAUUUCUGUUCUUGCUGUAGAAGAAAUAGCAGAAAAAAUUAAAGAAUUACGAGAUGCUUCUGAUUCUGAAAUGCAGGAAAUAUGCCCGUAUGAUGUCGGAGCGUUUCUUUGGCACUACAGGAGGGAAAAUGCAGAAAAAGUUGAUAAACAUAUAACUUUUUUGCGGCCUUACAUGACUGGAGCUGAAGAGGUUUAG